AUGUGGCCGACGGCGCUGCCCCUCUUGUUCUUCGCCCAUCCAGAAAUGCCCGGUCCGGACGUCGCUUCCGACGGCGUCGUCGUUCAGAUCGUCACUAGACCUCCGCUUUCAACUAAUGGGGUUAGUGUUUUUUCGAAAGUUUUCUGCUAUUUGAGCCUUUGAAAACGUUUUCAAACAAUCUUUCUCCCGCUAGAAACAUAUUGAAGACUUAAUCGAACUGAUUCCUGCUGUCUGCCUCGUUACUAACUUUUUUAAAUUUCGAAUUCAAAGUUUGCUCCAUUUGCUUAAAGUACUUGACUAUUUUCUUUUGAAUUAUCGAUUAACGAAAACUCCUUGGAGAAUAUUUUAUGGCUAACUAUUUUUCUUUCAGAGAAAUCGCAAGGUAUGAUGGCUUUUCAGAUACAGUUCAUUUUUUUGGAAAAACAUUUUUUUUUAAAAAAAAAUCUGUAUUAAAUUGUUUCAUUGAAAAUAAGUAGCUCGAUUGUGUCUUAGCAUUUCAGCAUUUCAAAGAAAUAACCUGGAAAAUAAAUAUCUCAAAAUAAUCGAGCUUAUUUCCUCAAUUUCAACGUCUACUUUUUUCUUUAUUGAACACCGAGAAAACUUUCCCUUAUCAUUGUUUGAAAAACUUUCUUAUCAGUUGUCACAUUCAAUUAUUGUUUUUUUCCAGUGGGUCUACGGUAACGGCACAGUGAACUCAGCGCCUCGAAGAUGGAACGUCGUCUACAGCUUUCGAAGACGAUCACCAGCUCCUCAACCAGAAAAUUUAUAA